AUGACAGAUCCUCUCUUCAACCUCACGGCUAACAAAAGCAACAACAGCUUCGAAGUCUUUCCAGAGGUUUCUGAGGAUGAUCAUAUCAAGAGUCAAUGCAGUGUCUUCCCGAGAAUACAGAUCUCACAAAGCCACGAUGUCUCAAAGUGUAGUCCCCCAGCCAUGGCCGUUUCAUCUGCCGUUGCAGCAGCUUCUCCAUGGGGGAUGAUCACUAACAGUCCACGAAACUGUUUGAUGGUAGAUAAUAGUAAUAACACGUCAUCUUCUUCGCAGAUUCAGAUCUCUUCUUCCCCUCGGAAUCUUGGCAUAAAGAAGAGGAAGGGUCAGGGAAAGAAAGUGGUGUGCAUACCGGCUCCAGCCGCCAUGAACAGCCGGUCAAGUGGGGAAGUAGUUCCGUCUGAUCUGUGGGCUUGGCGUAAGUACGGUCAAAAACCAAUCAAAGGUUCUCCUUAUCCCAGGGGUUACUACAGAUGUAGCAGCUCGAAAGGUUGUCCAGCUAGGAAACAAGUGGAACGUAGCCGCACCGAUCCAAACAUGUUAGUCAUUACUUAUACAUCUGAGCAUAACCAUCCAUGGCCCACUCAACGCAAUGCUCUCGCCGGCUCCACUCGCUCUUCUUUAUCCUCCUCUUCAAACCUUUCUUCCAAAUCCUUAACCGCAGCAACUAGCUCUUCCUCGUCCAGAGUCUCCCAAAACAAAGACGAACCCAAUAAGCCCCCCUUGGCAUCCUCCUCCACUCCUCCCUCUCCUUAUGUGGCGGUGGCGGUUAAGAAGGAGAACGUUGAGGAGCGUCAAGAAAAAAUAGAGUUCGAUAAUGACGUUAAUGAUACCUAUAGACCAGAGUUUCAACUUCAGCAGGAGGAUUUCUUCGCCGAUCUUGAUGAGCUUGAGGAUGAUUCUCUAACUAUGUUACUUUCUCGAGGAUUCUCCGGAGAUAAUAAUAGCGGCGGAGGCAACAAAAUGACGAUCCCCGACGUAUUUAGCGAUUUCUUUGAUGACGACUCCUCAAGGUCGUUAUAAAAACUAUUGUUAUCUAUACGUAUAUAGAAAUGAACCUAGACAUGAAUUUCGUGUAAUUCAGUUGAUUUAAUGACGAUAUUGGCCCUGGUGGACAUCAUCGGCAUUUGUAAUCGCGCGCUGAGGGUAAUCUCUUCAUUUA